GGCAGAUAUUUGUUAUAAAUAUAGAAGAGUAAUACGAAGCAGGAAGUAGGGAACGGUAGCAACAUCAGCCAUGGGGACAAAUACAAAUCAAGGGAUGGAGAUUAAACAUUUACAAGACCACUUCUCCUCAAAAUUCCAGCAAGAUGCCUUGUCUUCGUUCGAGAAACCGCCUGAAACCGAAAAGCUGAUUUCCGAACAAUAUAGGAUGAAAAUUCGGACAUCGGUGAAGUCAACGAUCCAGGGGAAGGUUUAUAAUUUCCUCGAACGACCAACGGGAUGGAAAUGCUUUAUAUAUCAUUUUACUGUGUUCAUGAUGGUUUUAGUGUGUCUCAUCUUCAGUGUAUUGUCCACCAUUGACCAGUAUGCCGACUUCGCCAAUGAAACCCUCUUCUGGAUGGAGAUAGUUCUGGUUGUAUUUUUUGGCCUCGAGUACUCAGUUCGACUUUGGUCAGCUGGAUGUCGCAGCAAAUACAUUGGCAUACGAGGGCGAUUCCGCUUCGCCAGAAAACCAAUCUCCAUCAUAGAUUUCCUUGUGGUAACAGCUUCAGCAGUUGUUUUAGCUGUUGGUUCCAAUGGCCAGGUUUUUGCCACCUCAGCAAUCAGAGGUGUCCGAUUUCUCCAGAUACUUCGCAUGUUACAUGUUGAUCGUCAAGGAGGAACUUGGCGACUUCUCGGCUCUGUUGUAUACAUUCACAGACAGGAGCUCAUCACUACACUGUAUAUAGGUUUCCUGGGGCUCAUUUUUUCAUCAUACUUUGUCUACUUGGCGGAGAAAGAUGCAGAUCCGUCCUCCGGGUCCAACUUCAACAGCUACGCCGAUGCCCUCUGGUGGGGUGUGAUCACAGUAACAACGAUAGGAUACGGAGACACAGUACCACAGACUUGGAUGGGCAGAAUUGUGGCCUCUUGUUUCUCUGUGUUUGCAAUAUCAUUCUUCGCGCUUCCAGCAGGUAUUUUGGGGUCUGGUUUUGCCUUAAAGGUUCAGCAGAAGCAGCGACAAAAACAUUUCAACAGACAGAUACCAACUGCAGCAUCUCUUAUACAGAGUAUAUGGCGAUGUCACGCAGCCGACUCACAUUUUCAUUCAGAAGCUACAUGGCGUGUACACAUGAGUCACCAUCACAGCCACCAUAAUCACAUGUUCGGCUCAUCUGGUACAUCAAGUAAUGCCAUAUCUCGCAUGGCGCGGCGCGCCAGUUUGCUCACUCGACGUCUGUCUGCUCAGAAACUCACUUUGAAAGAUAUGCACCCUUCCACAAAACAAGACGGUCAGAUUGGCUCAGAUGAUGAAGAUGCAGAGUAUCACCCUGUCUCAAAGCCAGACCAGCUUACAGAAUCACACAAAGUGAUGAUACGUGUCAUAAGAAAAAUCAAAUUCUUCGUAGCAAGAAGAAAGUUUCAGCAAGCACGAAAGCCAUAUGAUGUUCGUGACGUGAUAGAACAGUAUUCUCAGGGACAUCUCAACAUGAUGGUUCGCAUCAAAGAACUGCAGCGAAGGUUGGAUCAGACUCUCGGAAAACCCAGCUAUGUUGGAAACGUUCGGGACAAGGAUAAAGUCACCAUAAGUUCUCGACUCGAAUUCAUCGAACAUCAGGUGCAUAAAAUGGACAGAAAACUAGACCAGACUCUAGUAUUGUUGAACACAAUAACUAAAUCAUUCCAAUCAACAUCAAAACAAAAGUCCCGAAAUCGAUCUCUUACUUCUCAGACUGACAGUUUAUGUGAUAACCAAGAAAGUGGUAAAGGAAAUAUGGAGAAUAAAUCCACAGAUACAGUAAUUGAAGAGGAGUCAGAGUUAUAACCAUACAUAGAUGAAGAUGGUGUUAACGAAGAUUGUGCCAAGAACAGAUAUUCUUAAUUUUUAUUUAUAAAUUAUGAAGGAUUAUUGAUUUUUUUUCAGGGAAUAAGCUUGUAUGUUUUUUACAAUAAUAUGUCGAGGUAUUGUCAUAGCCAUUGUGUCGUUGUGAUUCUCGGCGUUGUUGUAAAACAGAAACUUUUCACUUGUUACCAAAGAAAAUAAGCACAUUUGUGGCAAGACCCAUAACUCUUGCUUUAAUAAUCGUUGAGUUAUCCUCCUAUUUAAGUUCAGUUUAAACUAUUUUAUUUAAGCUCAAUUAAUUAAUUAAUUAAAUAAUUAAUUAAGUUUAAAAUCAAUCUCGAGUCUGUUUUAGGGGCAGAGACAAAUAUUGUGUCCUCUUUGAGAAGCCAUAAGAAAGUACCCCCGGUGGGGAUGGGACCCUGGCAACCUCUUGGGUCAAAAGUGGACGCCAUAUAAUACCACUAAAACAUUCUGACCCCCAUAUUGACAGCAGACGUGCAUUGGUGUUCCUUGCAGUGCAUUGGUGUUCCUUGCGCUGCGCUCUUGUUUUAUCAUUAGUACAAAAACACCAUGUCAUUAUUACUCACGUUUUGACAUCAUGUUCAUGGGUAAACAUAAUGGGUAUUUCAGUCAUUUCUUCAGCUGGACAACAGUUUUCUUCACUUCUAAUUUGAUUUUUUUAAGUUUACAAUGCUACGAAACUAAGCAACGGAUGACAGCAUAACAAAGCAUUUUCACUUUUGUUGUAAAACAAAAACUUUUUAUGUGUUAUCAAAGACAAAAUGUGCAUCAUGUAUAGCAAGAUCUAUAACUCUGACUUAAAUAAGUGUUGAGUUAUCCCCCUUUUCAUAGUUACAUUACGUAAAAGCUCUUCAAGAACUUUUCAAUGUUGUUAAUGGAUCAGCAAAUGAUUUGCCUUUUCUAAGUCCCACUUACAGGCCUCAUACCUACACAAUGGUUUUUAGUAAGGUUGUGCACAUGUUUACCGAAUCCCUUUUAACUUUGGUCAAAUGCACAACAUCCAAGACAGUAAAUUAGUGCAAAUGCAUUUUGUCUGGUUGAAAACCGUCCAGAAUACCAGUGAAGUUUCUGUUCAAUAUGAUGUUGAAACCAUGUGAUUGUACAUGGUAGAAAAUCUCUCCAGAGAAAACAAUGACCAUCACCGGUAGUUCGGGGACGUAACAGUGUGUUUAUUUUACGAAGACACCAGACUGUCCAUGGGUGUCAACCCAAUUGAGUAUAUUAGUGUUGUUAGAUUGUGAGGCAUUACUUAAUGCGUGUAACACUGACACACUGGACCACGUUUAAGGUACUUUCCAGAAGACACCAAACGUAAUCGGUGGUUAAACUUAAUUUAUCAUUAUGCAUUCCAUGGUUGUUCUAAGUCAUAAACAUCUCUGUAGCUUCAAUAAUGCCCAGGGGUUAUAAGUUUGCAUUCUUAUGAAGAUAUAAUUAUGCUUUUAGCAAUAAAACUUAUUCAUUUUCAUGUAUUUCUUUAGGAGAUGACUUUUUUACCUUUUAAGGCAUGUUUUAAAUUGUUUUACGACAGAUAUACUACAAAAUAUUGUUGUUUCGUAUAGAAAUUUUUAUAAGCAGCUUGAAUACUUUGCAAAGAAACAUGGCUUUGAUACUUUGUAAUAUUAUGUAUUUUCAUAUCAUGUUGUAUUUUAGUGUAGUCAGAGUAAUAAUUUAAUGCUCAAAUUCUUAAUAUGUGAAAUACUCAUUUUAUAUUGUAUAUCAAUUCAAUGUUUAUAUAAUGUAGAAGUGUGAGCUUGAUGGUCAUCCAUAAUUCACACAUGUAGCUCAUGUACAAUCAAUCAACAUCAACUCUAUAAUCAUGUAUAAUACAAAAUUGCAAACACUGAGCUCAUAAUCCUCACAUAUACCUUCUGAAAUUUGAACUUUAAGAAAACUAGAAAUGUUUUUUACAGUUAAAAUAUGAAAUAAGUAUAAGAAUGAUAACAUGAUAAAAAGCAGGUAUGAUUUUUUUUUUUUAUUUCGUUUUGAAAAAACUAUAAAAUUUUCCAUGUUAAAUUUUGGCAUUUAACAGUAUGAUUAAUGUUUGUGCUCAGAAACUCGGUAAAUAACGGCCAUUAUUACAUUAUCUAUAAAUAAACAUACAUAUCUGGACGAAAAGCAAUUUUUGUAGACGAAAUAAAACACAAUAUUGUCCUGUCUUUUUAUGGACAGGAAACAGUUUUUCAUAUGACGUCAUAUUAGCGCUAAAAAAAUCACUUCAAAAACACCAUAUUGACCUGUCUGUUUAAAGACAGAAAAUAGUCUAGCAUAUGAUGUCAUAAUAUAUCAUGCGGUCAUAAAUAAUGCAGUUCAUAUUGACCACAAAAUAAUUUUUGACCUCGGCUAUUGCCUCAGUCAAUAAGAUUUUUUUUGGUCAAUAAUGACAGCAUAUUUCUUAGUUAAUAAUUGUUUACCGUAUAAACGACUACAGUUGUAGGAUGUAGCGACUGGUCUCAUUAUAAAAACAAUGAGACCAAAAAAUUCUUAAAAGUAAAGUUAUUUUUACAUGUAAUAAAUAGGUUUUUGCUAUAUAUUAUUUCAUUUGAUUUAGAUUUAUAGUUUUUAUAAUAUUGUGUGCACAGAAUUGAAGUUCUAUAUCAACUAGAUGUACAAAUGUAAAAAAGUUUUUUUAAUUCAUUGUUGUUUAUUUUGAUCUAUGAAACGCACUUAUCUUUAAUUAGAUUUCAAACUGGCACAAUUUCCAUUUAUCAACAUUCAGCAAAUUGUUCACAAGUUGUUUAAAGUUGUUAACCUUGUUAACAUAAUUUUUUUUUUUACUUUAAAAUAUUUUUCUACUCUAAAAGUUUAAUGAAUACAAGACACUUGUGAUCUGCAGUAUUUCUAGUAAGAUUUGAGGCAACUGUUUCAGCUGUACUUGUUUUAUUCAAAAGAUAUAUAUGAGCACACCAUAAACUAAUUCACCUUUAAAAGUUAACAAUGAUGCUUUUAACAACAUUGUUAAUUUUAAUCAAAGAUCUAAACAAUUUGCUCAAUGUGUAUCAAGGGUAAUGUGCAAGAUUCUAGUAAGUCCUUUUAUAAAUUCGGGUAGUUACAGCUUUCUUGCAUGAUAGUAUGACAAUAUGCUAUAACUAGGCUGCGUAGUCUUUACUUUAUGAGUACAAGUUUUCCUUCAUCCUCCUACAUAAAUAUUACAAAAGUUGAAUACUUAAAACGGAAUAACCCCAUUCUUCUUAAGGUAAGCCAUCCAUCAUUAAUACAAAAAAAUAUUGCUCCUGGAAAAAGUUCAUUUUAAAGUAACACAAUGACAUUUGAAGAUUUCACUGAGUGCUUUUUUAUGCCCCCGAAGGUGAGCAUAUUAAAAUCGCACCGUCCGUCCGUCCGUCCGUCCGUCCGGCUCUGUAACUUUCCCUUGUAUGGACAGAUUUUAGAAUAACUUGCCACAUGUGUUCCACAUACCAAGACGACGUGUGGCGUGCAAGACCCGUGUCCCUACCUCAAAGGUCACGGUCACACUUAGUGUUUAUUCACAAUGGAGUGCUGCAUAUAAGGACAUAGAGUAUAGGUUGUCGUGUCCGGGCUGUAACUUUCUCUUGUAUGGACAGAUUUAAAAAUAACUUGCCACAUAUGUACCACAUACCAAGACGACGUGUCAUGUGCAAGACCCGUGUCCCUACCUCAAAGGUCAAGGUCACACUAAGUGUUUAUUCACAAUGGAGUGCUGCAUAUAAGGACAUAGAGUAUAGGUUGUCGUGUCCGGGCUGUAACUUUCUCUUGUAUGGACAGAUUUUAAAAUAACUGGCCAUAUGUGUUCCACAUACGAAGAUGACGUGUCGCCUGCAAGACCUGUGUCCCUACCUCAAAGGUCAAGGUCACACUUAGUGUUUAUUCACAAUAGAGUGCUGCAUAUAAGGACAUAGAGUAUAGGUUGUCGUGUCUGGGCUGUAAAUUUCCCUUGUAUGGACAGAUUUUAAAAUAACUUGCCAAAUGUGUUCCACAUACCAAGACGACGUGUCGCGUGCAAAACCCGUGUCCCUACUUCAAAGGUCAAGGUCACACUUAGUGUUUAUUCACAAUGGAGUGCUGCAUAUAAGGACAUAGAGUAUAGGUUGUCGUGUCCGGGCUGUAACUUUCUCUUGUAUGGAAAGAUUUUAAAAUAAGUUGCCACAUGUGUUCCACAUACCAAGACGACGUGUCGCGUGCAAGACCCGUGUCCCUACCUCAAAGGUCAAGGUCACACUUAGUGUUUAUUUACAAUGGAGUGCUGCAUAUAAGGACAUAGAGUAUAGGUUGUCAUGUCUGGGCUGUAACUUUCCCUUGUAUGGACAGAUUUUAAAAUAACUUGCCACAUGUGUUCCACAUACCAAGACAACGUGUCGCGUGCAAGACCCGUGUCCCUGCCUCAAAGGUCAAGGUCACACUUAGUGUUUAUUCACAAUGGAGUGCUGCAUAUAAGGACAUAGAGUAUAGGUUGUUGUGUCAGGGCUGUUACUUUCCCUUGUAUGGACAGAUUUUAAAAUCACUUGCUACAUGUGUUCCACAUACGAAGACGACGUGUCGUGUGCAAGACCCAUGUCCCUACCUAUAAGGUGAAAGAUACACUUAGUGUUUAUUCACAAGGGAAUUCUGAAUUUAAGGACAUAACAGUGUAGGUUGUCAAGUAUGGGUGGUAUUUUUUUAUGUUCAGAGGCAAUUUAAAAUAACUUGCCAUAUGUAUUUGACACGUAAAGGCAAGAUCAACUUUUCAUGUACUGACCUUGUUCGUAGGUCAAUGUCACAUUCGGGGGCAUUCGUCACAUACUGUGACAGCUCUUGUUUCUUUAUAUAGACAUUAAGUGUUGCAAGAAACGAAUUGAUAAAAUUGUUAUAUACCGUAAUUGUUGUAAAAACUUGUUUUAUUACCUCCCUUAUAUAUAUUAUAUUAAAUUUUCAUUAAAAAAUGUAAUCCGUUCAAAAAAAAAAUAAAAAAAUGGUUAAACAAUAUAAAUUAGACAUUGAAAUAAUCUCGGUGAUAAUAUGUGAAGCGCUGCAACUAGCACAUCUUUGCAUUCUAAUGAUGGAUGCCUUACCUUAAAAUAAACCUAUAAAUAUAAGUAUGAAUAAGUUAAUAAGAAUAAGUUGUAAGCGAAAAUUCAGACAAGAUUGCUCUUAUCCAUUGUCAUAGUUUCAAUUGUUUAGCAGAUUUUCAGGUCAUGAGUAAGUUCAAAUUUGAUAGUUUAUCUGUUUUUCAAAGAUGAAAAACUCAUUCAACUGAGAUAGCCUAAGUGUUGGCAUUGACGUCAUUGUAGUGCAAAAUUAGUUUUAUCUUGGAUAAAACUCAAACAGAAAUGUUAUGAAUUGAAAUUAUACUUGGUACACCUGUUGCCAGAUACAAUACACACAUGUACAUCACUGCCCCUUAGAUUAAUAAUGGCUAUAUUAAUUAUGAUGUUAUGCUCCUUGUUCGACUUAAAACCCAGAACAUUGGCAAUUGCUCAGCAGCAUUCUUGUUUUUGAUAGCUUUGAUUUUUGUCAUUAAAUAAGAAAACUAUAAGCAACAUUUUGCACUAUUUUCAUUUUAUUAUGGCAUCAAUUUGAUGAUGUUUAAGUGUAAUUUAGAAUUGUGUUAAAUAAAAAAAAAUUAACUGGUGUGAUGCAGAAUGUGUUUGCCAGCAAACUAUAAUGACAUCUUCCCUGAGUUUACAUAUAUAUUGACUUAGCAGAGUAUUUUAAUAUUUAUUAUAUGACUUAGAAUUUAUACAAUUCUCAUAAUUUGUUUUAAAACAAUAAUGUUUAAAAUGCAAUCACUUGUAAUCAUGAAUUAAGUGGUGGUUUUAAAUUGUAUGCUUGUAUUUGGCAAUACUGUAUUAUUUCCUUGACAGUUUUGUCUACUUUUAAAAAUUAAUAGUAUUCUAUUAGUGUGUUGUGUUUUUUAUCAGCACUUGUGUGUGAUUCAAAUAAUUUUCUAUGCAACCAUUUGUUUAUUAUUGACAACAUUGUUGUAAAUUAAAAUUAAUCAAGAAAAUAAGUAUUGAUUUUGCAAUAGAUAAGCUAUUGAUGUAUCAAAUUUUGAUGUAUUUCACAUAAAAACAAUUAAUUAUUUUUUGAUUAUGAUGAUCAUUUGACUAGGUCUCUAGUCUUAUAGUCUUCCCUGUGGGAAUUUGUUCUAUUUAUUUAUUUUGUUGUAGUUUUUCUUUAAAUCUACUUCAAACAAUAGUAUGCGGCAUACGGACCACCUCGGCCGUUUUCCCAUUGAAAACAACCUCGGAUGUAUGCAGGUACAUCAGUAGAAGUAGUUUGCAAAAAUUUCAAUAAUAGUUUUUUUUUAUCAAUUGUAUCGUUUUAAUGUGUAAUUUGUAUUACUUAGUUCAAACUGAUUACCAUAGAAGUGGAUAAUUGCAUAAAUAAUUAAGAUUCCCAUAGGUCAUUAAGUUUAACUGCUAAAAUGAAAUUACUACGCAAUCUACUUGCAGCCUAGUGUAUUGUAAAGUUUUAUAGUAUUGUAAACCGUCCAUAUACAUUCGAGGUCGUUUUCGAAGGACAAUGGCCAAGGUGUUCCAAAUGUAAUCACGGUACAUCUUCAGCAAAUUGUUAAUUUCUGGCUACCUCAAAUUUUCAAAGGUUUUGGUCAGUUUAUAACCUGUAAUUAAUUAACAAUCUUUUAAUAUUGGAUUAAAAAAAUAACCAUAUUGAAAGUUAAGGAGAUGAUAUUGUGUGCUGUGUAAAACUUAGGGUAUAGAUGUGCAAUGGUCAGUAUACUUUGUGAAAUUGAGAAUAGUUGAUAUUGGAUCGAUAUGAUAUAUUAAUAUAUUUUAAUGAUAUUCCACUGUUUUACAGUAUUUCUCUGGUUUUAGGGACCACACCACUUAUAUUAUUGUGAUACUUUUGUUUAUUACAUGGUUGUUUAAUAAAA